CGUUCCUCCCUUUUUAUUAAUCCCCGUUUUGUCUGUCCUUCUCCUUUCUCUUCAAUCUGGGUUUGGUAAAGCGUGGGAUACAAAAACAUAGACAUCCUCUGUAACUCCUGUGUUCUUCAUCUCUUCUUCUUCAUCAUCAUUUCUCUGCAGAAAAGUAAAAGACUCAACCUUUUAAGGCUUAUUCAGAUAUAUUAAUUUUCUUUUCUCUACAAAAAGACGAGCUCGUGUUGAAUAUUUGAAGAUUCCGCGCAAAAGAAGAGAAAGACUAAACCUUUACUUGGUUUGACCAAACAACAACUACUUUGGUCUGAAUCUCUUGUGUUCAUAUGGUAGACAAAAAGAAUUAGGAUUUAUCUAGAUUUGAUUCUCUCAGUCACAUCAUGCAAAGAGGACGGAAUAAACCCAGCGGAGGAGCCACGACGGCUUCCGUUAAGCAUUUAAUAAAACAGAGAGGCGGAGGAAGUGGCGGGGGAGAUAAAGCGGCUGAUGAUAACAGCCUCUUGACCGAUACGCAAGAACCGAGCAUUGAUACGGAUAAACUCAGCUACGAGAUUUUCUCCAUGCUCGAGAGCAAGUUUCUUUUCGGAUCAUCCGAACCCGAACCCGUGAACUCGGAGCCCGUUACCGGUUCGGUUAAGAGCCAGAGAGGGAAAGUCUGUAUCUUGAGCAUCGACGGAGGAGGCAUGAGAGGGAUUCUACCGGGAAAGGCCUUGGCUUAUCUGGAACACGCUCUCAAAUCCAAGUCGGGCGACCCGAAUGCCCGUAUCGCCGAUUACUUCGACGUCGCCGCCGGGUCCGGUAUAGGCGGUAUUUACACGGCGAUGUUAUUCGGGUCGAGAGAUGGUAACCGUCCAAUCUUUAAGGCAGAGGACACGUGGCAGUUCCUAACGAAAAACGCAAAGGGUCUUUACGGGUCUUCUUCGUUCAUGAAGCGGGUCAUGAGAACCGGGUCUUCGGGUGGUUCCGGGACGGGUAAGUUGAAGAGAGUGAUGAAAGAGUGUUUCUCGGAGCUAACGUUAAAGGACACGCUCAAACCUGUGCUCAUACCUUGCUACGACCUUAAAAGCUUGGCUCCGUUUUUGUUCUCACGCGCCGACGCGCUUGAGACGGACGGCUACGAUUUUCGGCUCUGGGAGGUUUGCAGAGCGACGUGGGCUGAGCCGGGGGUGUUCGAUCCGGUGGAGAUGAAGUCGGUGGAUGGAACGACUAAGUGUGUAGCGAUCGGUGGAGGAUUAGCUAUGAGCAAUCCAACGGCGGCUGCGAUCACGCACGUGCUGCAUAACAAGCAGGAGUUUCCGUUCGUGCGUGGAGUUGAGGAUUUGCUUGUGUUGUCUCUUGGUAUGGGACAGUUGCUUGAUGUUAGCUAUGAGUAUGAUCGGAUUAUCAAGUGGACGGCUAAGCAUUGGGCUCGACCUGCAGCUCUUAUUUCGAAUGACGGUGCUGCUGAUACGGUGGACCAAGCUGUGGCCAUGGCUUUUGGUCACUGCCGCAGUAGCAACUACGUUCGGAUUCAGGCGAAUGGGUCAAGCUUAGGACCUUGCAAGCCAAACAUAGACACAGACCCCAGUGGGAGCAAUGUGAAUAUGCUGGUUGGAGUAGCAGAGGAGAUGCUAAAGCAAAAGAAUGUAGAGUCGGUUUUGUUUGGAGGUAAAAAAAUCAAUGAACAGAGCAAUUUCGAGAAGCUUGACUGGUUAGCCGGGGAACUAGUUCUUGAGCAUCAAAGGAGAAAUUGCAGAAUGGCUCCAACCGUAGCGUUCAAGCAAUCGGUUCAUAGGGCAGAGCAGAAGACAAGGGAUAAGGCUAUUGGUGUGACCGCAAGAGAGCGAUGAACAAGAAAAGCUUGUUGUUCUCUUUUUCGGUUUAUUUAAAUAUUUUAGGAGAAGGUUCGUAGUUAUUUCUUUCUCAGGUUAUCAUUUGUUGUAUAGAUUUGAGUUUGUGUUUGGUUAUGAGACAUUAGGAGAAAAGAGGAAACAUCUUGUCAUAUUUGCUAAAAGGAC